AUGUCCACGGAUAUUGUGGUAACGAAGCGAAUCCACCAGCUCUGUCAGGACUCGCAGAACUUUAUCCUGAUCGGCGUGGUCAUUGCCAAAAGUGACCCAAAGUAUAUGGAAUCUACGACGAUGGCGACGUGUGGUGGCCGCGACGAUGGCACCCGCGGGGUCAUAACCUUGACGCUCCGGGACAGCGAGCGGGACACCAUCAACUGUACGGUUUGGGCGUCCCAAGUGGCCAUCGAUUCGUUCGACAGCUUGUUCCACAUCGGUGACGUGGUGAACGUGAGCAAGGCCAAGGUUCUGUCUUCGAGCAGCGAUCGGUCGGAACAGUUCGCACCCCGGUCGACCUCGCCGUACAGUUUGAAGUUGAACGCGCUGCAGGAUGGCGCCAACAUCAAGCUCCAUGAGGGAUCGGGGUUGGAGCAGAUGCGACGGUUGGUCACGGUUGCCCCGGUGGAUGCAACGAAUACGUACCAGCUGGCGGAUAUUGCCGCCGGAGGGCAUAGCCACAAUGGCCAGAGCGUCAACAUUUUGGCGGUGGUUCGAUGCGUUCGACCCAAGAAGCAGAUUGUGGUCGCGAAAACUGGCAAGAUCAAAAACCUCAGGGAGGUGAUCGUGAUGGACGCGACCCAUAGCGGGAUGUCGAUGAAGUUCUGGAGUAACGAGUACGUCGAACGGAUCGACAAGUGGACCCCGCUGACGACGAUUUUGCUGAUGACGGACGUCAGAAUUGAGUACAACGAAUACUUCAAGUCCAUCUGUCUCGGGAUGAGCUCGAAAACCAUCAUCACCGAAGAUCCAGCCUGCGAGCAGGCCGACCGGCUGCUGGUCAGCGUGAUGAGAGUUCCGCUACAGGACUCUGAUGUCGCAUUCAGCGCAACGACCAGUGCUAUCAACACUUCCGUCAUAACGACCGUGAUGAGUGUGCAGCAGAUUUGGGACCGAGCCGAAGGAGACCUGAAAAGCGACGAGGACCAGUUCACCGCACUCUGUUACGCCGUCGUAACCAAGUUCGACCUUGACGGCUGCUCCCGACUUAUUGGCCGCACCUGCCAAACGUGCAAGUCCUUCGUGCGGGCAACCGACGAUCGUUGCUCGCGACCCGAGUGCGCGUACAAUCCGGCCAACAUCGUGUCUUACUUCGACAUUCGUAUCGACCUGACGGACCACACCGGGACGCUGGCCAACUGCCGGUUGAUGAACCAGGUGGCCGAGGAGACGCUCGCUUGUAAGGUGGACAAGUUUUUGAACAUGAGUGAUGAGGAAAAGGGCAAGCUCAAGUGGCGCAUUCUGCUGGAGCGUUGCGCCGUGAAGUUGGUCGUCAAGCGCAAGUCACCGGUUCGGUUCCAGACGGUGUACUCCGUGGCGGAGUGUGUCGUUGCGGGUGCGAAGGAGGUUGAGGGGAAGAUUAAGGUUUAUUAG